AUGGAGGCUCCACCGCUUGCGUCACUGUCGCUGACGCAUGUCCAUUAUAAUCCCGCAGACCGCAUCUCCUACCUCUGCGCAUGGCUUGCUCUCGUGCCCCAGGGACUGUGCGUCGUCUAUGCGACGCUGAUAUGGUCCAACCGCGAGAUUGAGAUCUUCCUCAUGUUUGCCGGCCAGAUGGCGUGCGAAGCGCUCAACUGGGUUCUGAAGAGAUACAUCAAGGAAGAGCGGCCGCGGGAGAUGCACGGAAAGGGCUACGGAAUGCCUUCCUCACACGCCCAGUUCGUAUCCUUCUUCUCCGUUACCUUAGGCCUGUUUCUCCUCUUCCGACACGUUCCCCACCCGACGGAUACCCACACACCCUUCUCACUGGGUGGCCGUUUCCUCCUUUCACUCCUAGCAUUGGCUUGUGCAGGAGCUGUAGCUGCAAGCAGGAUAUAUUUGAGCUAUCAUACACCAAAACAAGUUGUGGUCGGAUGUGCUGCCGGAGCUAUCUUCGCCCUGGCUUGGUUCGCCUUCACAACAUAUCUGCGGAGAGCUGGCUGGAUAGAGUGGGCUCUCGAAACCUGGGUCUUGAGAACACUGCGUGUAAGAGAUCUUGUGAUACAAGAAGACCUGGUUGAUUCUGGCUGGGCACGUUGGGAAGAUCGGAGGAAACGACAGAUCUUCCAGGUUCAGGGUAAGAAAAGCAGGUAA